GGAGGAACAGUGUUACAAAGUAAUCCAGGGGCACAGAUCACCGCCCCACACUGUAUACUAUAUACCCUUCAUCCGAGAGCCCCGUAUAGCUCAGGGCUAGUAUCAUCUUUCUACCAAGCCAGCACAAUGCCAGUGCUCUCUGCUUCCCACCAUCACCGAAAUCCUGCGGAAGGACAAUUUAUUCGGGAAGAUGACAGCCUCACCAACCUCCAGUGGCUAACAGACUUCUCCAUUCUAAGUACAGACUUGUCCUCCAUCGCCACAACCUACCCUCCUCCCCCGCGUACUUCCCAUGGUCCAUGCAGUCCUCCAGCUGGUGAUACAGCCACAUGCCAGUCUUCCCGUCCCGGCAAACAGAGGUCUGUCAUUGGGUCCAGCUCUUGGCCCUCUUUGCCUUCUUCGUCACCAAGUCCUGCCCAGGAAGUGGACUAUAGAACCAACCCAAAUGUCAAGCCACCCUACUCCUACGCCAGCCUCAUCUGCAUGGCCAUGGAAGCCAGCCAACAGCGAAAGCUCACCCUAUCCGCCAUAUACAACUGGAUUACACAAAACUUCUGUUAUUACCGACAUGCGGACCCCAGCUGGCAGAAUUCCAUCCGCCAUAACCUCUCCCUGAAUAAAUGCUUCAUGAAGGUUCCUCGGGGAAAGGAUGAACCUGGAAAGGGUGGAUUCUGGCAGAUGGAUCCCCGUUACGCCGACAUGUUUGUGAAUGGGGUACUGAAGAAGCGACGGAUGCCCACCUCUCACCAUGAUCCUCCAAGGAGCAGCAAAGUGGCAUCCCACCACCCCUAUCAGACAGUCAACUGCCCCAACAAGCACCACCUACAGCAGAUCUCUUGUGGGUACAAACAGCCUCGCAGGCAUGAGAAGCCAAGCCCCGUUUUACCAGCUCUAAGGGUCCAAGAACGACAAGGAGACACGCUCUUUGCAUCUGAAGACCCUCUUUACGGCAGCAAUUUUGACGACCUUGAUCUUCAAACAGCCUUAAUAUCGAUGUGGUGGGAGGGAGACAGCGCAGUUUCUGCUAUGAACUCCUCUAUGUCAGUCUCCCACGAGAUGGAAGCAGCUCAGCAAGAGGCUCCAAGGAUGGAAAGCUCUUGGUUUGUGCAGGCAGACAAUCAGCCAUCUUGGGAAGAAGUGAAUGAAGAGCCAGUAGUAGAGCAAUGGUACAGUGAAAGCGGCUACACUGAAGAUGUACUCUACGAGUGCCCACCUUGGGAACGAGUCGAUACUUUGCUAUGACAUGUAACUUACUAACAGCCUAGAGCUGUAUGACAUAAAACAAGAUGGCUGACACAGGAGACAAAAUGGCUGCAGACUUUUAUUGACUAUUACCCCUCACAUGGGGAGAUGUAGUAUUUUGUGUGGGACUUUGCCAUGGCACUUCACGUACAAUGAACUCACAUACGUGCAACAUUAAACACCCAUGGUGGUGGGCAAAAUGGCGGGUGUUAGUUUGUUGCCAUGGAGAUGCGACAUCACCGCCCUUCAGUUGCUUUGUGUUUUUUAACCAUAGAUCAACAAGCAAGGCUUUUUACUUAUUUUAAUGGAUCUGAUUAUUUUCUUUGGGAUGUUUUCUGUAAUCACGGGCCUAUAUCCAUGAACAUUAAAGUUUAACGCUGCACUGAAAGCAAUACUAAAGCUAAUAAUAAUAAUAAUAAAAAAACACAAACGCCAACUUUAAUAUACCAAGGGAAACAAAAAUGUUAAAAAUAUUUUUUUACAAUUUAUUUAAAACAGCAAAAAAAAUAUAUAAAUGACAAUAAUUAGUGAGGCACGGGGCCACGAUGUGGAGGAGGGAGGGCGGCUUACACGAUACGUCUUGGAGGACGUCGGAAAAUGGUUUUGGACAAUCUGCCUAAAUUGUGGGUGAUGUCUCUGGAGCAAAAAAAUAAAUAAAUGAAACCAGAC